UGCCACUAUAUUUUCAGCUUUUCAUUGGUUUGUGUAUUCCUAAGGCAUAGCUGAAUACCAGCUAAUAUAUGAGAGACAGCCACGAGCUUGAACAGUUGGCCAGAACAACCAAUUCAAGUAUAACUGUGUGCAAGACAAAUAAGAAGAAUCAGACUAUAAUAAUCAAUUCACCGCCUGAAAUUCCCGUUUCCACUUCAAGAUCACCCUCCUUCUCAUCCAUGUAAAGUGAACAACCUCCACGAUACUCACAAGUCACAAUGAAGCUCACAAAAGUCUUCACCCUACUCCUCACCACCCUCUCAACAUCCACCUCCGCAGUAGCCGUAGCAGGCAACGCCUGCCAGUCCCUACCCUACAAAGAGCUUUUGUUCCUCUCCACUAACCCACCCGCUCAAUCUUUCUGCGCAAAAGCCUUUCCCAAAUCUCCAGUCUUGACGACAGUCACAGCUACGGUGACACCAGUCGCGAAGCGAGCAACGAAAUGUACAGGCGCCGCCUGCAAUGCGUGGGAAAACUGCAAGAAGAAUAUGAGGGUUAAUGUGCUGAGUACGCUGUGUGGAUGUAUUGAGGUGCCUAAGACGUCGACUGUUACGGUUACGAGCACUGCUACUGUAAGCACCUCCUUUUCCGCAACCUGUUGCUCCACAUCUUUGGUGUAG